CGGCUCUCCUUUGACACUCCAUUGAAAAGACAACGCAAUGGAUGCCUUUGGACUUGUCCCGCACUCCUGCCAAUAUUGUCAAAGGAUUGAGAUCGAUGGCACCUUACGUAGCGAUUCCGUUGACCAGUCUUUUACGUGGACAUUCCGCAGCGUGCAAAAAUAUGCGGAAGAAUGCAUGCUUUUCAAAUGGACUUUACAGUUCCCAACCCGGACUCUACAGGCCACAGACUAUCUCGUCCUAUACAUAUCGACCGAUCACGAAGACCUUGCUCGUUUGGAGGCAGAAUGGAGGGAUGCCAAUGACAAGUUGGUGCUAGGAAGCGAUGGCGAGGAUGGCGAGCAGUCGGGCCUAAGUAUUUUCGCCGAAAGAGAUAACCCCGCCGCUCAAUAUAUCAAAUCAAGGCCCCUCGCACGUUCGAGAAUGGGAUCAAGGAACAUGAAAACAUAUCGCAAGCUCCUCAAAAACUGCCAAAAUACCCACGAGAAGUGUAAAGAAGCCAUGAAAGAAGUUCAACAUUGCGUGGCCCCCAGACGUCUCCUUUGUACGCAACCAAAUUCAACCGAAAGGUUAUAUACUGUUCCCCAAGGAGAAUCCCCUCGCUAUGUAGCAUUAAGCUACUGCUGGGGUGACACACAGCAAAUGGAAAAGGCAAAGACCAAGAGAGUUAAUGUCCAGGAUCGACACCGCAGAAUAGAGUUAUCUCAGCUACCACAGACGAUAAGAGAUGCUGUAGAAGUGACCCAAUCACUCGGAUUGGAUUACCUUUGGGUGGACGCUCUCUGCAUUAUCCAAGACGAUCCAGAAGACGUUGCAUCCGAAAUUGCAAAAAUGUCGAGCGUUUAUCGAGGGUCCACCGUUACCAUUUCUGCGGCCAGUGCGAAGGACUGCACGGAGGGCUUCCUUGGAGAUCGUGACCUGGCAAAGGUUUAUGGUUCUCUAUUUGAACUACCUUACUGUCACGAGUCUGGUGAUGAUGUGGCGAGAGGGACAAUUCUAUUGUCCGAAAACCCGAUUUGCGACACGCAUCAAGAGCCUAUUGAUGAAAGAGCGUGGACAAUGCAGGAACACUUGCUCUCUCUUCGUCUUAUCAGAUUCGGUUCAAAACAAACGACCUGGAAAUGCCCAACCCUCUAUGUCAACACUGAUGGAGGUGGUUCCCCUCAUCCAACGAACAAGGACACAGACUUUUCAGUCAACGAACCUCACCGAGUGACUGAAGUGCAGUCUAGAAUGGAACAGUUCGGUGGACUGGGUAAAUCAGUGGUCUUGGGUGAUUGGUUAGCUAAUAUCAGCGCGUAUACAAAUCGCAAACUCUCGCAACCAGGCGACAAACUACCUGCUUGUGCUGCUCUGGCAGAGAACUUUGCGAACAUAUUGGGCUGGAGAGCAUCCAAUUACCUCGCGGGAUUAUGGGAAAACGAAAUCCAAGCGCAACUGCUAUGGUCUCGGCGAGAAGAUACAAAAGCAGAGAAACUUUCCCGUCCAACUUGGUCAUGGGCAUCUCUGGAUGGGCCGGUCACAUUCUUUGAGCUCGGCUCGUUGGAGUAUGAUGGUGUAGUCAAAGCGCGAGCGAGGCUUGAACAAAGCGAAAUCAUCCACAAAGUCAAGGAUCACAACUACUCUGACGUUAUAUCAGGCCGCCUAUGGUUGAGCGGACGACUGCAACAAACGCAUUGGGAUGGCUUUAGUCUUACGCGGAGCGUUAAUUCUCCUCGGGCCUUACCCCUUGAGAUCCGUUGGGACUCAUCUAGUAGCAUCGGUCCGCGGACUGUAUGGUGCUUUGAAAUAAUUGGGUCGCACAUUUCAAUAGGCCUCAUGCUCGGAAUGAAGAAUGAGACGGAAUUUGAGCGUGUCGGCUACUUCGAGUGCGAACUUCCGGCAUCUGGGGGGUACUUGUUUGAUGGGGUAGAGCCACGGACCAUCAUUCUUCACUAGUACUGAUUACUUGCUACUUGCUACUUGCUACUUCAUUUAAUCAGAGAUGACCUAGGUUAAUGGUGAUACUAUGAGUCCGCCUCCGCCAAACAUUACUGUAAACGGAUAUCAGCUCCAACCGAUUCCACUUGCACCUGAAGAUCCGAAUAAGGAAAAUUUAAAAGCGGCUCACGUCAAGGUGGUGGAAGACAAGAUGACAGUAGAGGAAUUAGGACAAUUGUAUGCCUCAAUUGCGACUACGAGUCCUACAUGGAGCGAUAACAUCACGUACUAUCGUAACG